AUGGGUACGAUUUCACAAGAUCAUGCCAAGUUGGACUCAGACACUAUUGCAGAUGCCAUUAGGCCGUUGGUUGAAGCAGACCCGACGAUAAAGGUGAAGUCUGUUAUUGCAGAAGUUCAGUCCAGGUUCAACUACACUGUAAGUUACCGCAAGGCUUGGUUGGCAAAGCAGAAAGCUGUCGCAAAGGUUUUUGGUGAUUGGGAAGUUUCUUACCAUACUCUGCCAGUAUGGUUGAAAGCAAUGACUGUGAAUAUGUCACGGUCUUGUGUUCAAAUAAAAACGCUCCCCGUUUACCGUGAGAGUGAGGAGGUUCAAGGUGUAAGAGUUCUGCACCGCAUUUUUUGGAGCUUCUAUCCGUGUAUUGUAGCAUUCAGACACCGCAAGCCACUGGUGCAGGUAGAUGGCACGCACCUGUAUGGAAAAUAUAAAGGUGCACUUCUGGUUGCAGUUGCACAAGAUGGGAACCAAAACAUUGUGCCUAUUGCAUUUGUGAUAGUCGAGGGCGAGACGGCAGACGCAUGGGAGUUUUUCCUAACUAAUUUGCGGAGAUAUGUUGUUAUCAUUGAUGGUGUGGGUAUUAUUUCUGACUGCCAUACCUCCAUCGACGCUGCAAUAGCUCACAGUAACGGUGCAUGGUCACCACCAAGAGCAUGGCACAUGUACUACAUCAGGCACAUCGAGUCCAACUUCUUAAGGAGGUUCAAGGCUCCGUAUUUGCAUAAACUCGUGGUGAACACAGGCUAUUCUAGGACGGAACAUGAGUACAACAAAAACUACCAAAGGCUUAAAGAGUGGGGUGAUGCAUAUACUCAAUGGUGCGAUGACAUCGGUGUUGAGAGAUGGGUGUUGGCAUUCGAUGGGGUCAUCGUUGGGGACAUAUGA